CGCUGUUACACUACCACAAUUGCAUCCAUCACUUUCCAACCCCCAGGAACUUGCCUGUCCUUUCUUUUCGUUAAGCAAAAGCACCUGCAAUUCCUCAUCCGCAUCUGCGCGCAGUUUUCUCCCUCCGCCCUCAUCCUCCACCACCACUUCCGCACUCGCAGUGGCACACACCAUGUCGCGGACACAGCAAGAUCAGUUCAUCGACGACGAUGAAGAAGAGACGUGCCCUCUCUGUGUCGAAGAGUUUGAUUUAUCAGAUCGCGGCUUUCGACCAUGCGUCUGUGGCUACCAGAUUUGCCAGUUCUGCUACCACAAUGUCCGCAACAACAUGAACGGACUAUGUCCUGCAUGUCGACGCCCAUACGACGAUGCAAACAUAGAGUUCCGCAAGCCUGGCCCUGAAGAGGAAGCCUUAUGGAGAGCCAAACAGGCUGCCAAACAAAAGAAGCAGUCCGCCGCCGCCCAAAAGGAAGCUCAGAAGCGCGAGGCCGACACCCUCUCCCGCAAGCAUCUCGCCGGCCUGCGCGUCGUGCAAAAGAACCUGGUUUAUGUGACUGGUUUGAGCCCGAGCGUGCAAGAAGACCGUCUGCUCGAGACGCUGCGCGGCGACCAGUACUUUGGUCAAUACGGCAAGAUUGUCAAGAUAGUCGUUAGCAAGGCAAAGGACAAUAUCAACCCGCAGUCUGUCGGCGUCUACGUCACAUACGCCCGCAAGCAAGACGCCGCUUCUUGUAUCGCUGCUGUCGACGGCUCGCAAAACGCAAACCGUGUAUUGAGAGCUCAAUUCGGUACGACAAAAUACUGCUCGGCCUACCUUCGCAACGAGCAAUGCACCAACCGCAACUGCAUGUUCUUGCACGAGCCCGGUGAGGAGAAUGACAGCUUCACACGCCAGGACUUGUCUUCCAUGAACGUCGCCUCAACCCAGCACCCGCAAGCUAUGUCGCAGCCCACGUCGCAACCUCCGCCGCAAAGCCAACAGCCUGUUGCUGCCGCCCACACGCUCAGCCGACAAGACUCGCAAUACAUCCCGCCGAGCCCUAGCGUCGAACAUGAUGGUCCCGCUCUGCCUUCGACCGCAAGUUGGGCAUCCAAGGCCCCUCAGAUGAGCCGUACUGCUAGCAGCCGCUCUGUCUCACUCGUGAUGCCUAAGGAAACAGUCAAGGAAAAGCCCAAGCCUGAGCCCCAGCCUCAGCCCGAACCCGAACGCGAACCAUCGCCCGUCGAGCCCGAAGAACCUCCAACUCCCAGCCCGCCUCCAGCUCCUGUCGCUCCCGUCAAGAAGAAGCAGCCAGCCGUGGAAGAUCCCUUUACACACAUGUUCAAGGCUUUCCAGUCUUUCGACCUCAAAUUCGUUCUCUCUAGCAAGACCAUGGAAGAACACGCGCUGGACUUUGACAAUUUCCCCUCGUUGUUUGAUCCUCACGGCGGUGCCAAGAGACGCGCAAUGAGACUUCGUGAAGAGGAGGAAGACGAAGAACGUCGACGCCUGGAAGCAGAGGCUCAACUUGCCCAACAGACUGUCAACAGUGUCGAGGAUGACAACGGUCCUGAGCUUGGUGGUAGCAUGCAGCUCGGUGGUGAACCGGAAGACACAAUGGGCCGUGGUCAAUCUCCCCAGCACGCUAUCGAGCCUCCUUCGCGCACAAACUCGGUCAUCGAUGGAGGAUUCCUUUCCAACGAGCUGUCGAAUCUGAGCAUUACAGCUCCCAAUCUGACUGCCCAGCAACGCCAGCAGUUGCUUCUCCAGCAGUUCAAGACACCCUCCGCUGCAUCCACUCAGCCUCCGUUCCAGCCACCACCCGCUGCUCCGGCUGGUCACGCACGUAAUGUUUCACGAUACACGUUCGCCAACGACUCCUCCUCGGCCUCAGCUGCCGUCAAGCCAGUGGCCAACCCCAAACUCAUGAACCAACAAUCUUCCAUGAUGCCUUCUCAGUCUUCCUUCCAGCAACCUCCUCCAGGUGGAUUCUACAGCAAUGUUCAAGGCCCUCCUCCUGGUCUCAAAACCACUGGCACUCCUCCUUUCAGCGGAGGUGGCAUGUUCGGCCAGGGCCACGGGUUUGCGACAAGCGGUCUCGGUUAUGGCGCCAACUUGACCGGACGCAACCCUAACGACGAAAUGAUGAGAGAUCUUUUGCGAAACCGCAAUCUCGGCGGUGGUGCCCAACUUUCGGAUGCCGCAAAGCACAUUUCAGACAUUUCAUCUCUUGGUGGUGCCGCUCAUCUUUCAUCAGACCUAUUCGACGAGCCUGGACGAUCGACCCCACCUGUGCCGCCAGGUCUGGAAGGUCUCGGCCAGUCAUUGCCUCUUGAUAUUGACGACGAAGAAGAGGGUUCGAGACGCCCAACCCCAUCAAUUCCCCCAGGCUUCACAGCCCCAGUCCUUCCCCCGCUCAAGGACGAGUCGACCAGUUCCCUUCCAACCUCGAGAUCUAGUUCCAGAGCUAGUCUCAGACGUGGCAACUCCCAAAUCUUACCUGCAGUGCCCGUUCUUCCCGGAACACCUUCUCGCGCUCCUACGCCUUUAAGACACGAGACCAGACCUUUUGCUGGUAUCCUCGACGAGUUCGCCACGCCUACAAAGCGUGGAAGAUCCGAGUCUCAUCUUGCUAAUGUCGAGUAUGCGGAAGGUAACGACGCUACUCCUGGUGCUGAGGUUGAGGUUCAAACAAAGGCGGAGACCAAGGCUGAAAAGGCUGAAGCAAAGAAGCUUAAGAGAGCGGACAAAGCAGCCAAGAAGGAAGCCGAUAGACUCGAGAAAGCCGAAAAGGCUGCUGCCGCUGCUUACGCCGCCGCCGAAGCGACUGCUCAAAAGAAUGCCGCCGAAAUGCUUGAAAAAGCAGCUGCUCAAGCUAAGGCUGCUGCCGCUGCUGCUGAAGUACAGCCAGCUCCACCAGGCGCCUCGAAGGACGAAAAGAACAAGGCAGCAACCAACACUGUUGAUCUCGUCAAAGACUUGACGCCUGCCGAAGCGGCUGCUGCCGCGAAGUCGGCUGCUGGUGAGACCGUCAGUAAGAAGAAGAAUCCUGGAAAGAUUGACAUAACAGCCGCUGUCCUCAAGGGAAGCGAAGUACCCACUUCCGUCACUUCCACACCGGUCAAGUCUGAGAACAUCCCUCGCACGUGGGGCAACAUCACUACAUCACGCCCUCAGAGUCCCAGCAUCGCAUCAGAUUCGGCCAAAAAGGUGACUGCUCCUCGCACUCUGCGUCUCACGACAACGCAGGUUGCACCUGCGCCGGUUGUUGCCACCGCCAUUCGACCGAACGCUACUGCAGCCUCUCGCUUGCCCUCAAGACAACCCAGCAUUGCUUCUAUCCCACCUCCCGGCACUCCCGGAAGUGAGCACAUUUCGGACGACAUUUCCGUCACUUCAACUUCACUUUCACGUGCCAACUCACCGCCUCCAACUUCCAGCAGAGUGGGCUCCGCAUAUCAGCGCGCGAACACCAAGAGUCAACAGAAGAAGUUGCGUCAAGAGAAGGCCAGACAGGCGACUGAAGAAAUUCUAUCCAAGGAUAUCAACCAGCCCAUCACAGAGCCCAUUCACGAGGCGAUCACCAGUCGCAAGAAGAAGUCCAAGAGAGACAAGCCAGCAACACCUGCCGCAUCCACACCUGUUGCGUCCACGCCAGUUCCCUCACGUCCUGCCUCUCCUAAGAUCAAGGCCAAGCAAGAGGAACCCCCAAAGGUAGAGAAGCCCGCCACUCCCGUCAAGGUCGAGACUCCUCCCCCUCCUCCACCUGCUCCCGUCACCCCGGUCAAAACCCCUCCACCGCCACCACCACCAGCAGCGCUGACUCCUGCCUCUCUCAUUGCAGAACUGCGCAGUGAACACGGCACUAUAGCCGGCGCUUUCGACGCUUUCUUCCGCCCUUUCGCCCAAACCGUUGCCCACUACAAGCCAACUCAAGCACCCACCCCCGCCGACCUGAGCCCCGACAACGCGAUUCCUGCACACAUGCCUGAGCUCAAGAAGGAGGAUAUCGAGAUCCUGCUUUCUGGCCAUGCCUGGCGUCCCGUGACCGAGGAGCAGCAGCGCCUUUGGGAACGUCUCGUCAUCUCACCUACCGGAACCAUCAUCCGCCACAUGGAACCUCAACUUGAAGAUCGUUUCCUCGCAAUGGAAGCCAUGAACCGUCAACUCCCCGAAAACCUGAAGUUCCACCCCAUCCAGCACAGCAACACCCCUACCGAUCUUGACUUCCCCGCUUUGGACAUCGCCGCUUUGCGCCGCGAGUUUGAUGGUGCAACCAAUGGCAACCGUCACCGCAGCGCCAACGCCAUGGAGAAGGCUGUCGAGGAAGGCAGCAAGAAGGGUAGCUUCCUUGUCGACACCGCUGGCAAGUACGUCAACGAGUUCAUCAUGCCUCCUGUACCACUCAGCCCUCCUAGUGAGAAGGCCAUCAAGGAAGAACAGCAGAGAGACAAGAACCAUAUCGUCAGCGUUGAAGACUUGGAGCGUAGACUGGCCGAGGCUAAACGUUUUGCCGACGACAAGGAGGCUGGUCUGCGUCGUCUCGUGAAGAGAAACAGAAAGGUUAUUGGCCUGACUCACUAAGCGAACGAAUUGCAUUUGACGAAACAGGAAAGGCAGAGGUCAUUCGGAUCCCUCAGAAGAAGAGAUUGGCGAUACAGGCCGAGCAUAAUACGUGGUUACUGGCGUUUUGAUGGCUCGAGAUAUCAAUUCUAGAGGAAAGAAGAAGGAAUGCGCAAGCAUCAAUGGUCGUCGACAGAUACAGAGUUCUUUCUGUCUCUCUGGGGCUUUUGGCAUGAGGUUAAUUUUCGUCCCAUACACUGUACCAUCACCAGCACCAUAAGUAGCAUUGCAUCGCACUCGUUUUCCAAGAGAAACGAGCGAACAACUCAUGUAUCAAUAAGACAUUUCGUUG